CGUCAUCAAACUGCGACACCGGAUACGCUAUCCCAAAAUGCCAACCGUCAUAUAAAAUCCACAGAAGAAGCCAUCCCCAAAAUUAACGAACGUUUACCAAAAAAUCUGUAGCUAUAAGAGUGACAGAAUUAGCUAAUAAACUUAUUUUAUACAAAUCAAGGACUGUCUGUUCUCAGUACAAAACAUAAGAAGCAACUCUUGAAAUAGCGUUAUCCGCGUCAGAGGAGGAAAAACGUGUCUGUUUCAUCAGCUCGAGAAAGAUAACGUUACAUGGUAGUUAGCUAGUGUAGCUACAUUAGUUGUCAACAAUAAUCCGCCUGGCAUUUAGUAGGUUAGCUGCCUAGAAAGUUUAAUCUGUUCAAAGGUGUCAUCAGGCCUGCUUCCUGCUUUUUUUGUGUCGACUUGUUUGACAGAAUGGACAAAGAUGAGCUGGUGGAGUACUUCAGGACACAAGUGAGACAGGACCCUGAGGUGCCCUCUGCUGUGGCAGCUAUCCGCACUCUCCUGGAGUUCCUCAAAAGAGACCAAAGUGAGACCAUCCUGGGCCUGAGAGAGAACCUGACCCAGACCAUUGGGCGUCUGGAGGAGGCUGACUCCUCUGUGGCUGUCUCGUCUGGUGGUGAACUGUUCCUCCGCUUCAUCAGCCUCACGUCGCUGGAGCACCCUGAUCUUUCUCAAUGCAAGAAAGUGAUGGUAGAGAGAGGAGAGCUCUUUCUUAAGAAAAUCUCCCUUUCCAGGAGUAAAGUAGCAAAACUCUGCCAUACCUUUAUCAAGGAUGGAGCUAAAAUACUGACACACUCCUCCUCCCGGGUGGUUCUUAAGGUACUGGAGAGUGCAGCAGCCGACAAGAAACGCUUCACUGUCUAUGUCACUGAGUCACAACCAGACUCUGCAGGACAAAAAAUGGCUGACAAAUUACGGAAACUAAACAUUCCGGUCACAGUGGUUCUUGAUGCUGCAGUGGGGUAUAUCAUGGAAAAGGUGGACCUGGUGAUAGUGGGUGCAGAGGGAGUGGUGGAAAGUGGCGGCAUUAUCAAUAAGAUUGGCACCUAUCAACUGGCUGUGUGCUCCAAGGCUCACAACAAGCCUUUCUACGUUGUGGCAGAAAGCUUCAAAUUCGUCCGACUCUACCCUCUAAAUCAGCAAGAUGUCCCAGAACGAUUUAAGUAUAAAGCAGACACACUGAAGGCAGUGGAAGACCUAGCAGAAGAACACCCCAUGAUUGACUACACACCGCCAUCGCUGAUUACUCUUCUUUUCACAGACCUGGGGGUUCUCACUCCUUCAGCAGUCAGUGAUGAACUUAUUAAGCUGUACUUGUAAACCACCACUAGAAUACUGACAAUAAACACCAUCAAAUGGAUGAACUUGAUGCAGAUAUGAACAAGUGAA